GUCACUCAUAUUUCAUUAGAAAAUAUAUUAUAUCGUUAUUACAACGGUCCGUUCAAAACAACGUAAUAUACAAUCAAUUUAUUUAAACGCAACAAUAUAGCUGUACAUAUUAUACGUUUAUAGAUCGUAUAAAAAUAGAUAAGCCGAUACUGCAGCGCGCAUGGAGAGGAAAUCGCCGAGCUUCGGAGAAUUGAGCCGACGAGCUAUGAGUGGAGCGUCGCCACGCCACAGUCGGUCUCACUACUGUACCGCGCCGUAAGAUGUUUCACAUGAAAAAAAAAAUAAAUAAAUAAAAAACGUAGUGUAAUAUUAAUUCGUACGUAUAACUAUAAUAGCUACAAAAUCUCGUGUCGUCCGGUCGCCAAGGCGAUGCUCAGGUCGCGCAUAACACAGUUUAUAAAAUCAACAGCACCGACCGAUGUGCAUAUCCGACAUAUAUCGUUAAACCGUUGUUGUUCCGCACAAAAUCAUAUCGUGAUAAAUAAAAUAUAAUUGCAUUCGUGUCAUAUUUUUCACGAUCACAGUUGUAUAAUAAAAUUGUUGAAGUCGUUUGACAAGAGUCGCGCUCGUUCCUCGCGCAGACGCACGACGGCAUGCCUAUUGACCGCGACAAAGCGGUUGUGCGACGCGCGAUGGUCGUCGUGUGUUUGGCGUUGUUCGCGUGGCCGCGCACCGCCGUCGCCGCUCCCGUUCUGAUGGCCACCGACGGACCGUCAGAGGUCCCGCCCGAACUGCCGGUCCGACAGCAUAGACUGUCGCAACACCGCUGUCACUGCGGCCACCAGGCCACGGUCACCGAGCCCUAUCCGUCGGCCACAGCCAACGCCUGGCCCGGUCAUCACUACUACGAACGCACGACCGCAGCCGCCGAGCCCCAUCCGUCGGCCGCCACCAACGACUGGGCCGGUCAUCACCACUACGGCCACACGACCGCGACCACGGACACUGAACGCGACGGCUGCCCCGAACACCCACAGCGGACGCCGUACAGCACGCCGUCGCCGUACAGCACACCGUCGCCUUACAGCACACCGUCGCCUUACAGCACACCGUCGUCUUAUAGCACACCGUCGACGGUGAUGGACGACACCGUUACGGCAAGCGUUUUGGCAUACGAUUAUGUUUACGACGAAACCGCAGGCGAAGACAUCGACGACGACAUUUCGAUUUACAGCUUCAUACCAUUUAUUUUGUUAGCGACGUUUAUUUUAGUGUAUCCGAGUCUUUAUUUUACUAGUAUUGCGAGAAAAAAAAAAUACAAGUUUUAUUUGCAAAUGAGUAGCUGCCGUUGUACAGCAAAAUAUGUUCGCUGUUUUAAAUAACCAUGGUUUGAAAACCGAUAUAUUUAGCGGUACAACGACAGUUACUCGUUUGCAAACGAAUAGUGUCUUUUUGUGUUAAGUCACGAGGCUCUUAUGAUUUGAGGAGCGGUUUGACACAUGCCGGACAUGCUAGACGCGGAUAUAACAUAACAAUUGCGGACACGAGUUUCGUUGUCAUGAUACUAAUUGCGUGCAGAAUUUUUUUAAUAAAAAUCACGUGAGUUAGCCCUUCACUGUUUUUUCAGGGCUCAAGCAAAAUUUUUUUUGUAACAGCCCGUAAUAUAAACGAUACUCUACUGAUUUCAACACUUGAAUAUUGCAACAUUUGUUUGCUAAUAAAUACCUUCUUUUUGACAGUUUUUUUUUGUUCAUUUUAAAUUUUGUACAGCAGUAGGUGCAAUUCAUUUUCGUAUAGCUACCAAUCUACACUUCAUUUAAGGCGUCGAUCAAUUGGUAUAUAAUAAGGCGACUGCGAUUAAACAUUCCAUUAAGGUUAGCAUGAACACUCAC